AUGCUGGGGAAGCCCACUCAUUAUCUCUAUAACAAGCGUGCCCAGUAUGGUAACAUGUCAUGGCAUCUAUGCAAUACUACUGUUAAUCACUUUAUUUUAGUGGUUGGGUUGGGGAGGUUAAAUGUAAACUACCAUUCCUAUUCUGGACCUUAUCUGCAGUGAUGUUUAAUGGCUUUACUGGUUUCCAAAGAGAUGACCAGGAAUAUCAAGCCAUAGCUUAUCACUUUCAGGGUUAAUAAAUAACCCUGCAUGUCUAGAUACCUUACAUUGGUCUGUGGUCAGGAUAAAGGAUUCUUUAAUGAUUAACAUCCUUUCAGACCUGUAUGUAGGAUGUGAAUGCUACAUACAAGGGAGAAUAACUUUUUUUUUUUUUAAUGAUUCCUGUUAAUGGAUGAAGGUAUGGGGGGAGCAGUAUCCAAGCUGGGGGAAGAAGAUGAGUGAGAUCGCCUAGGCCUGUCUGCCGUUAGGGGCUUACAAUUCUGUAUAUUGAAUCUGUUUAGUACCCUCUAUAUCUCAUUCAGCAACGCAGAAGAGGGUAACACAAAUACAAUCAACAUGUAGGGAAAACAAAAAUGUAGCUCCAAAGGCUAGCUGUCAAGAUCCAAUACCUGGGUUUGCCAGGGCACUUGUAUUGAUGGUGUGCAGCACAUGAAGAGUUCUGCCCUGCAGUAUGUUGACUUCUGCAGGAAUGAAGCAAAGAAAAUCAAAAGUAUUGAGUUAAGAAAUUUCCUUUCUGUUAAUAAAUCUGCAAUACGCCUAAAUCACUUUUACUAAUGUGUGGCUUUUUUCUUUUUAGAACUGGAUAUCCGGGUUGGUAUUGACUGUACGUACCUAGAUGGGGCAUCUAAUCAGACUAGCUGUUGUGUGCUGCCUUGCUUUGCAAGUCUAUGGGACAGGUAAGGUACACCUUAUGCAGUCUGGGGGAAAUGGAAAAACCAGAGCCAGCUAUUAUUCUCCACUACCUGCAGACAGAGGUUCUAGAAGUUCUUCCUUCUUUUUGAAAAGAGAACCUCUGUGGGAAAGAUCCUAGGAUUCUUUAGUUCUUUCUUGUACACAUUCCAUGUAUACACUAAUAGAAUUUUCAACAUGUUACACUAUAUGUAAUGGCAUAUGAAAAAAAAAAUAUAUAUUUAUUAAUUUCUUUUUAUUUGUUAUAUACUGACUGUUUCCUCAAUACCAGUAAGAAAUCAUAUGCAAUGCAGUUAGAAGCAAAUAACAUUGUUUUAUCCUGAAUUCUGUCUUCUACAUAAUUAUUGCUCAAUACAUCCUACACCUAUUCCAAUGCUGAUAUGCCUCUGAGUGUUGUAUUUAGUAUCUCAUUUUCUUGACUUCUGUUUCCAAUACCUUCAGGUCAUAAUAAUUCUAGACCAUUGGUGGAUACAAAAUAUGGGAAACUUCUGGGGAAAACCAACAGUGUGAAAGCAACAGAUCGACAAGUACAUGUAUUCCUUGGAAUUCCAUUUGCAAAACCUCCGGUUGGAGAGCUAAGAUUUGCUCCUCCACAAUCUCCAGAACCUUGGAGUGACAUCCGAGAUGCAUCCCAACGUCCACCCAUGUAUAUCUCCUCAAUGUAUUGAGUUCUGGGUAACUUGUUUGUAGAGCAAAUAUAACUUGCUAUCUUCCCUGCCCUAGGUGUAUACAGAGUAUGGCAUCACUUGACGACCUAAAAAAAUACUUCCUUGGGGAUUUUCCUCCACCCCGUCUCUCAGAGGACUGCUUGAUACUUAAUAUCUACACCCCAGCAGACAGGGUGCAGAAUUCACUUCUUACAGUAAGUACUAAUGGUGUGGUCAAUAAAGUUCAACCUUCCCCUUAGUCAUAGCUGCUGAUACAGUUCUCAAUCUUGCAUUGGCUUCCCUUAUCCCACCAGCACAUGCUAAUAUCUCCAGUUGUACUAAUGUCUUCAUUGACUCCAAUUUACAUAAAUCUCUCUACAACUUUAAUUGAAAUUAAACUGAUCAGGCAAUGUAUAGUUCUAGGAAUGUGCCUUUAAGAAGCCUCGAUAUUAUUUUGGCAUAUUACUCUGGUACUGCCCUCCUCAUGCUUCUUUAUGCUUUUAUCAAGGUUAUGGUCUUCAUACAUGGAGGAGCUUUCAUAAUUGGAGGAGCGAACAUGUUUGAUGGCUCUGCAUUAAGUGCCUAUGAAAACAUUGUAGUUGUGUCAAUCCAAUACAGACUGGGAAUCCUGGGAUUCUUUAGGUAACCAGUUUUCUUAUCCAUGUAAGGAAUGUUGUCACAGAAGCCCAAUACUGGGGUUUCACUGCAGUGUUGGGAUGGGACCCUGUUCUCUGUAACUUUCAAAACCAAACAUUUAGAUGGAGGGAUCAGGGAAUGCUAAUAUUAUAAUGUUACACACCCUAAACCAUAUAACUAGGGUAUAUCUCAAUAUGAUACAUCUUCAUUCAGUACGGGGAAAAAAGAAGCGCCUGGGAACUAUGGCUACCUGGAUCAAGUCGCAGCUCUUCAGUGGGUUCAAGAAAACAUAAAGGAUUUUGGAGGGGACCCACUUUCUGUCACCUUAUUUGGAGAGUCAGCGGGUGCUGUGAGUGUUGCUGCUCAGGUGAGUUUCACCUUCACUUAACAUAGGCAGUGUUAUCAAUCUGAUAGCUUCUCAGUGUCAGUAACUCCUCUCCACUGUGAUAUUUCUAGGUGGUGUCUCCCUUAUCAAAGGGCUUGUUCCACAGAGCCAUCACUGAAAGUGGGACAGCAAUGAUGCCUGCUGUCUUUGCCAAAAAUCAAAAAGAGCUGCUCAUCUUCCAACUGGUGAAUAUCCAUUCCUGGAUAGUGUAGCGUCCUCCUUAACCUUUCCCAAUGCCCCUUUCAGAGUAGUAAGAAGUUCUGUGUGGAGUAUUUUGUGGUUCCCCCACACCUUGAGAUCCUAACUGGCAGGGUUACAAACUUCUUCACUAGAAGUCCCACUAAGGUUCCUUAAACCCCUGGAUGCCAGCAUUGUAAUGGCAGCUCCUGCUCAACAUGCUUAUAUAGAGCCCCACAAAUGCAUGACCGUGUCUGCUUAAUGAGCUGUUGCACAAGGUCUACAAGAGACCCUGUGGCCAAAUCACUGACUGCUCCACUAUGGUACAUUCCAUGCCACAUACAUAAUGUGCGCCAACUUUGAGCAUUUGGAUUUAAAACCGGCUUAAAUAUCAUAGAAUUGAGCAGAAUAUUUAAAAUGAUGUCCUAGAGUCAAAUAACUGGCAUUGUGAUGUUUUGACCUACUCUGGUCAUAACACUUUACAUGACUGUGGGUUUUAUUCUAUUUAGUUGGUGGCCAAGGCAUCUGGCUGUCAUCUGGUACCCAUCGUGUCUUGUCUGAAGAAGAAAACUGCAGAAGAAUUACUUGAAAUUUCCAACGCUAUGGUAUGACUGAAAUGGUACCAAGAUAUAGUGAUAUACCAUAGAGAUCCAAAGUCUGUUUUAAUGGCACCCUAACACAUGUCCUCUAGCUUAAAAAUUGCAACACAAUCCCGAAUCUCCUCCUUUCUUCACAGGACUUUAUACCUUUACCUGCCCGUGUGGAUGGGGUCCUUUUUCCUAAACUUCCGGAAGAGCUUUGGGCCUGUAAGGAGGUUAAUGAUGUCGCCUUAAUGACUGGUGUAAAUUAA